UUAUUCCAUUGCUGUGGUUUGUUGGGAGAGGACCUGCAGUCUAAAAGCUUCCUUCAGUACAGAAGCCUCAUCAUGCUCAACAUAGCGUUAACUUUUCAGAAAAACUAAGAAUGUUAGUGGAAUCUUAAUCUUGCAGGGAAGUUAUACAUAUUAUACUGAAUUGUAAACAAGGAAAAUGUGUUACAUUAGUGACUGGCCGAAGCGCUUCUUAAAAACCAUCCUACGACAUCUGAGUCGUCAUAAGGUGGAGUUGUUGAUUGAAAAUGAGGCAGAGAAGGACUACUUGUAUGAUGUCCUCCGCAUGUAUCACAAGUCCAUGGAUUUGCCUGUGCUUGUUGGGGACCUGAAGUUAGUAAUCAAUGAACCAAAGCGUUUGCCCCUGUUUGAUGCUAUCCGACCGCUCAUCCCACUCAAACACCAGGUCGAGUACGACCUGCUAACCCCGAAGAGGUCCAGGAAGCUGAAAGAGGUGCGAUUAGAUCGCACACAUCGUGAUGGACUGGGUCUAAGUGUCCGAGGAGGGCUGGAGUUUGGCUGCGGUCUCUACAUAUCACAAAUUGUCACAGAUGGUCAGGCUGGUAAUGUUGGUCUUCAGGUGGGUGAUGAGAUUGUUCGCAUCAACGGAUACUCCAUCUCUUCUUGUAUACAUGAGGAAGUCAUCAGUCUAAUCAAGACCAAGAAGAUUGUGUCGCUCAAAGUCAGACAUGUGGGGAUGAUUCCUGUAAAAAGCUCCUCAGAUGAACCCCUCAAGUGGCAGUUUGUCGAUCAAUUUGUGUCAGAAUCAGGGGAGAAAAAAAGCAGUGUUGCUGGUUUGGCAUCGAUUGGAGGGAAGGAGAUCAAGGAGAAGAAGGUUUUCCUCAGCCUCGUCGGUACCAAAGGUAUGGGCAUCAGCAUCUCCAGUGGUCCCACACAGAAACCUGGCAUCUACAUCAGCAACGUCAAAGCAGGCUCGCUAUCUGCAGAGGUCGGACUUCAGAUUGGAGACCAGAUCGUGGAGGUGAAUGGGGUAGACUUCACCAACGUGGACCACAAAGAGGCUGUGAGAGUCCUCAAAAGCAGCCGAAGCCUGACCAUUACAGUUCUGACAGGAGCUGGCAGCGAGCUGUUUAUGACGGACGAGGAGCGUCUGGCAGUGGAGGCACGCAGGGAACUAGAGAGGCAGGAGCUGAUGCAUCAGAAGAGGGUGGCUAUGGAGACCAACAAGAUUCUUAAAGAGCAGCAGGAGAAGGAGAGACAAAGGAAAAUGGAGAUCUCGCAGAAGGCUGCAGAGGAAGAGCAUCGCUACAAGCAGGAGAUGGAGAGGAUUGAGGCUGUGGAGAGGAAACACCACAGAGAGUGGGAAGAAGACUAUGGUGCCACCGAGCGGCCUCAGGCUCCUCAAAGGAGCCCAUCACCCAGCCCACUUGAAAUUACAACCGCUCAGUCUCCGAAAGCCAAAAGUUCUCAUGAUGAAGCCAGCUCAUUCACAGAUGAGGCCAAGGAGGAUGAGCAGGACAGCCUAGGCUUUCAGAAGUACAUGGAAGACUUCGAUCCCCACUCAAUGUUCUCAUCAGACCAGAUAGCAGGGCGAGACGUGAGAUUGCUGCGAAUCAGAAAGGAGGGACAGCUUGACUUGGCUCUGGAGGGGGGUGCUGACUCACCUUUGGGGAAGUUAGUGGUGUCGUCUGUCUAUGAGGGAGGGGCUGCAGACAAGCACGGUGGUAUUGUACCAGGUGAUGAACUUAUGGCUGUUAAUGGGAAGAUCCUGAUAGAUGCUCCGCUGACUGAAGGACAAAACUCUCUGGCACGAGCCUGGAAUAGUGGAGGGGACUGGAUCGAUGUUGUUGUUGCAGUGUCGCCCCCAAAACAUUAUGAAGAUGAAAUCCCAAAGUCAGUCAGUCCCAGUGUGAACAGAAAGGUGUUUGAAGGCAGUGCAACACUGUACAGGCACGGCUACCUGCUUCAGCCCUAACCCGCAACCCGAACCUUCUUCUAGUCUCUGCGUAGACCACCAGUCUGGUUAAGAAGAAGAAGCGUUUUCAUUCUUGAGGAUUCCUUUGGGAUUUACCUUAUCGUUUCCAUCACAUCACAAUAAUGCACUUUCCUGCAGCCACCUCAUGCUUCUUUUGCUCUUAGUUUGCAAAUUUGAGACGGAAUAUCCCGCUGAGAGAGUGAAUUGCCUUUCUCUUGAUUUGUAAAAGAUGCUCAUGAUCAGUACUUAAUUUGAUAAAGUAGUAUUCCACACGAGGCUGGGCUGUGAAGCCUCGGCCCCCACCCCUCUCCCUAAAAAAAAAAAAACAACAAAAAAACAUGUUUAUGCUUUCCUAUAUGCUUGGGUCUUAGUGGGAAUAGAUGUGUGUCGUAUUUCAGGCAAUGUCAAAUUGAGUCAACUCAACUGCCGUUUACAGGAAUAACAAAGGAAUUAAGAAUCGAUAUCUGCUGUCCAGUUUUGCCUCAUCCUUAAUGAAACUAGCAAAUCCAUUAAUCCGCCAAUCUAGGAAGAAUCUAGACAAAAGCCACGCAAGCGCAGGAAGAAUUUGAAGAUUUGGACCUUGAACCGCUCGAUUGUGAGGCAAACAUGCUGCAGAAAAUGGCCAAUAUGAAAUUCAUACAUUUAUUCUCAUUACAAUGUCCAAUAAUCUUUUGCCACUUUCUUGUGUCAUUUCCUGCUCAAAGAUUCCCAUUAAAAGUAUUUUAUCUUCA